GGUAACACAGGUAAAUCCCAGCCUGUAGCUGAAACAUGUCUAAACCAGGAAGCGGAUGAGUGAAUAAGCAAAGCUCCCGGAGAGUCGUGAGGGACGUGGUCCUGCCUUUGAGUUCCUCUUAAAGACGUGGUUUAACUCUGAGAUUACACAAGUUUUCUACACCUAGCUGUUCAGAGGCUCAGUGAAAAUGCUGGAUUCAUCACCUCAGCGCCGAGAUUUUCCUGACAGGAACAGAAGUAAAUGAAAACAGUCAGUGUGAAGACAGAACAAGGAUGCAUGACUCCAACUAAGGCCAGGCCACACCGCUCAACACAAUGCAACACUGCGCUUCAGAGCUCCAGUUGAGAGUGGACUUUUUCCGUAAACUGGGCUACUCUCAGCAGGAGGUGCAGGCAGCUCUGCAGAAGCUGGGAUUGGGAACAGACACGAACACAGUGCUGGGAGAGCUGGUCCGUGCCGGUGCCAGGGCCUCUCCCACUGCGAGUCAGGAGAGUGAUGAGGUGGGCUCCAGUGUGCCUCACCAAGGAGGGGGCUCAACCAGGAACAAAGAGAAUCACUGGGGCUCUCGGCACACCGCACACGAGGAUGUGGCUGAGCCAGACAAUGACCUGAAGCCCAUUGUGAUUGAUGGUAGCAAUGUGGCAAUGAGUCAUGGGAACAAGGAAGUCUUUUCGUGCCGAGGAAUUGAGCUGGCAGUCAACUACUUCCUUGAAAGAGGACACAGAAACAUUACUGUAUUCGUGCCCUCAUGGCGAAAAGAGCAGCCCAGGCCUGAUGUCCCUAUUUCAGAUCAGCACAUUCUGGGGGAGCUGGAAAGGAAGAAGAUUGUCGUAUUCACGCCCUCACGGCGUGUGGGAGGCAAACGGGUGGUCUGUUAUGACGAUCGCUUUAUUGUCCGACUCGCUCAUGAAGUGGACGGCAUCAUUGUGUCCAAUGACACAUAUCGAGAUCUUCAGAGUGAACGAUCUGAGUGGAAGCGCUGCAUCGAGGAGAGGCUGCUCAUGUACUCCUUUGUCAAUGACAAGUUUAUGCCACCAGAUGAUCCUCUUGGUCGUCAUGGUCCAAACCUGGAUGAUUUCCUGAGAAAGAAACCUCUUUUACCAGACCCAAAGCGCCAGCUCUGUCCUUAUGGAAAAAAAUGCACAUAUGGAAUCAAAUGCAAGUUCCAUCACCCCGAGCGCAUAAAUCAGUCCCAUCGUUCUCUAGCAGAUGAAUUGAGGGACAAUGCUCGACUCUCCAACCCUGUAUACUACUGUCCAGAAGAUGGACGUGGAGUUGGUCCUUCCCACAGAGGUCCAUACCACUGUGAACCUGGCUUUGGCUCAUACUUUCCCUCCCUGGAGCAGGAGCUGGAAAAGAAGCUGACCUUAGACCCCAAAGCCUCUCUUGUGAGAAGCCAGCUCAAUGAUAGCAUGCUGCCCUACCGGGAUGACCUUCGCUGCAGCAAGAACCAUGCCUUUAACCCAGCCAGCCAUGCUCCGCUGGAUUGGCAAAGUCUGCAGUGCCCAUUCCUUACAAACCCUUCUUCUGUCGUUAGUUCAGACUCUGGCCUUGGCUCCUAUGAGAGCCUGUUGUCAGAGACGUCACGAAGCCAUAAGCAUAGGGGCAGCUCUGAUUACAACAGAUCAUCUUUUGAGUUUCAGGAGACAUCUCAUACCUGCGGUUGCUCUUCCGAUACAGCCAGACAAGGAGGACCUCAACGGCUCUCCUCUUUUGACCAGCAUCCAUCAUCUAGCUUCAUUGACUACAGUACAGUACCUUCCCCAAGGCCUGGCCCCGUCCAACACUACAGCCUUCCUGCCUACACUCAGCCCGAUGGGCUCCACCCCAGCCACCCAUCUAACAAGGGAUGGUCUGAUCCACGCUGGCUUCCACAGCCCCGGGAGAUUUAUAGCUUACCAGACUGUCUACACACAGCUGGCCGUCAUAGUCCUGCUGAGAUGUACAGAAACAUCAAGGGCACGGCCAAUCCACAGACCACAGUUUCCUUUGAGGCUGAGCGAGAGGAAGUAAGGAAGAAACUGUAUGCAAUCUUUAACCCGUAUCAUGUAAACAAAGUCAUGGACAUGUUCCCAAAGCUUAAAGAUGCCCAGAAACUGGCAGCAGAAAUUCUCAAGUCCAGAGAAUCAUUCUGAUUUUUCUUCAUGUCAAAAAGUAAACUAAGAUGUUCUUCUAUGAAAAUGAUCUCAGGUGUAACUGUUAUAUGGAAUUUAAUUCCAGCAAACUCAUGAUUGCUCUCUAUUUACUGUUUUCUUUUUGCUGAUUCUUCUGGUUUUUGUUUUAAACCAGACCCAUUGGAGGUAAGUUGUACCUGAAUGUUACAUCACAUAGUUAAUGUGAUGAUUAUGUAUGACAAGAAAGUCAAGUAUUUACUUAUCAUUUCUGUAUCAACUGUGCUUGUUGAUGCACAUUGCAUCUUUUAAUAUUUCUAACUUGUAUGGUAUGGUAUCAUUGUCCUCUGGUGGUUGAUGUUUCUCAGUGUGCCUGUCACUUGUUAAAGAUUUAUUUUAUUGAAUAACUACAGUAAUACAUGUAUGCAGUAAUUGUAGUUGUUUGUUUGUUUAUUUUAUUUAAUUCAAAAAUGACAAAUUAACAUAAAACAGAAACAUUUUAAGUAUGUAUCAGUGGUUUUAAGUAUAACAAUCACUGGUAUUUAAGUAUUACCACUGAUUGAGAUAAGAAUGACAUUGUAAACAUGUUUUUAUAGUGUUGCAGGACAAGUACUGGUCCUUGUGUAGAAACUACACAUCUCUGCAUCUUUAGUUUCAUAGGAACACAGUGCCAUUAAGUUUGUUCAUUUAUGUGCCUUAUUUCUCUUGCCCACCCAGUGACAGCACACUUACAAUAGUUUUACAUAAAUGUGUUAAACUUGCAAAUGUUUUGAAUUCAUUGAUCGUUGAUCAAGGGGGGUCUCACAAAUGAAGCACUUUACUGGAUCUUCAGUGGUUAAACUGAUUGAGAAUACUGAGAAUAAUCUGUGUUCUCUUGUGUUUUAUUUUCUCAUAUAAAGUGCAAAUGUGCAAGUUCUUUUUUGUAUGUUUGUCAUUAUGACUAAGAUGAAUGUGACUAAUGGAGAAGAGUUCUCAGUUGUGCAGCUGAUUGUUAUACAUGUACAAUGAAUUCUGUUCGCAGUGUAUCUUCUUCAAUAAUAAAAGGCAGAGAAAUAUUGA